AGGAAGAAAAGAUGAAAACUUUAAUCUUGGUGGAGCAAAAAAAAAUCAAAAUUUUCAUUCAAUUUUUUUAUGGGUUACAACAGCCAGUGGCAACAACCGCCGGCACCGGAAAUGAAUCAGUUGACGGCGGUUGAUGCGUAUUACGAUUCCUAUUAUGGUUACUACGCAAAUCCAGACCCUAAUCAGCAAACCCAUGGUGAAUCCUUAGCUUUUGCAAUUCCACCACCGCCUGGAGUUGUUGAUCCUACGGCGGCUACGAUUGCCACUACCACGUCGGAUGUGACUGUAGAUACGACGCCGUGUUACACAUUGGAUUCGAAUACUCAGAACUGGACUUGGCGAGAGGCUGUUCAUAUGUAUGGCACCGAUCCCCUUGCGAUAACAGGACCUGAUCCCACAGGGCAACCUCAUAGCAUAUACCCGCCAGAUAUCUCUUGGACCGGCUACGUAGUUCAAGCUCAACUUCCCGGAGUGAAGAAACCGUCAAAGAAGGGAAAAGUUGUUCAAUCUGCUUACUGUGAAGUUUGUAAAGUUCACUGUAACGGUCCGAGUGUGUUCGAGCAACACAUAUUGGGGAAGAAACACCUUAAGAACUUGGAGAAGUUAAAAACAUGCUUAGCGUCAUCUAACACGGCUUCUUCUUUGUCUGGACCAACCAUUGCAGCCCCUUUGAUAGGACCACAAGAGAAUCCGUGUAAGAGCAAGGCUAGGAAGAAAGGUGCCGAAUCAACACUAGAAGAUCUAGAGACAAAGAGACGGAGAGUCGUUGAAUGUGGGGUUUCAAAUGAGUCAGUUAGAUUGUGUAGAAUAUGCAACGUGGUUUGUAAUAGCGAGAAGGUUUACAACAAUCAUUUAGCCGGUCAGAAGCAUGCCGCUAAGGCAGCGAAGGCCCCUGUAAAUACAGACUCUUGAAUCUUAUUUCUUACAUUCAAUUGUAUUGCAUCAUUACAUGAUUA